AUGUUAAUUGGAGAUUUUAAUGCCAAAGUUGGUAGCAAACAAGAUGAAGCGGAAACUUCAGUCAGCUAUCAUGGAUUGGGAAGCCGAAACGAAAGAGGUGAUACACUGAUAGAUUUCGCACACCACAACAAAUUAUAUAUAAUGAACACCUUCUUCAAGAAAAGAAACAGCAAAAAGUGGACAUGGACCAGUCCAGAUAGCAAAACCAAAAACGUAAUAGAUUUCAUAAUCAGCAAUAGAAAAGAUGUAAUCAAAGACGUAAGUGUAUUAAACAGAUUUUCGAUAGGAAGCGAUCACCGCAUUGUAAGAGCCGAGAUAAAAAUAAAUAUAAAGAAGGAAAGAACUAACAUGAUACUCAAGAAAAACCACAAGAAAUGGGUAGCCCCUGAAAAUAAAGAUUCUUAUAAGGAAUGUAUAGCCUCAAAUCUAAAUUAUGAAAAUACUACUACGAUAGACGAAAUAUACGAAAACAUCAAAGGGGCCACUCAAACGGCUAUCGAAAAAUGUUGUCCCAAAAAGUAA